GAACACACAAGAGGACCAAUAAUGGACAAAAGAUGAUUAAUAGAAGCAACCAAUCAGCUGUAUACUCUGUCCGUGAUGUGCUGUUCAUCACUGAAGGUAAACAUAUCACAUCACCAUGACAACCAUGAUACUUAAUGACAUGGCGCAGCAAAGGAUGCUGGGAAAACUUUUUUUUACUGCACCAGAAAAUAAAGAAUUAGAAAAUGAAGCAGAAGAGGAAAAGAGGCAAAAUGGAUUAAUGGAUGAUGUUGAGGAGAUCCAGAACCGUGGAGGCACCCAGUUACAUGAGAUUAAGGGGGAGGGGCUUACGCCAGCAGCCAUUGUAAUUAGAAGGCAAAAAGCAGAUAGGCAGCAGCAGCGAAUGGCCAUUCCAGGACACCGGGGGAUUUCAGCCAAUCAGGCAGUACUACAUCAUCAGCCAGCCAGUCAUGAGAUGUAUCAUCAAACUCCAGCCAAUCAGCAGCAGCUUUAUAAAGUUUUAACCAAUCAACAGGCUCGAAGGCGUCACAUGGAGCGCAGCAUGACCACAAUCACACCACUGGAGGAUUCACAUCUCAACACAAUGGUGUUUCGAAUUGGAAUUCCUGACCUCAAGCAGACGAAGUGCUUACGGUUCGAUCCUGAUGCAACCGUAUGGAGUGUGAAGCAGCAGGUGGUGUGUUCCCUCAGCGAGUCUUUGUGGGAUGUGUAUAAUUAUGGCUUGUUCCAGCCCGCCUCAGAGGGACACCAUGCCCGCUUCCUGGAGGAAGAACAAACACUGCGACAAUUUCCACAAUCCCUUGAGAAGGGUGUGCCUUACCUGGAGUUCAGAUACAAAAGUCGGGUUUAUAAACAGACCAAUCUGGAUGAGAAGCAUCUGGCCAAGUUACACACCAAGGCAAACCUAAAGAAGUUCCUGGACUAUGUUCAGAGUAGUGCAGUGGAGAAGAUCAGUAAAGCUUUGGAUAAAGGACUGGAUCCUAACUACCAUGAUCCAGAGAGCGGAGAGACCCCCCUGACGCUGGCCGUGAUCACUGGUCUGAGUGUUGAUGGAAUCCGUGUACUACUGUUAAAUGGAGCUCAUCAUGAUUUCAGAGCAAGAGAUGGACUAACACCACUGCAUAAAGCUGUUAGAGUGCACAAUCAAAGUGCACUGAUGGCAUUCCUGUCCUUGGGUGUUUCUCCGGACUAUAAGGAUCGUUGUGGUUUGACACCGCUGUACCACUCUGUGCUGACAGGGGGUGACACAUCCUGCUGUGAGACUCUGCUGUACUACAGAGCGCGGCUUGGAAUACGUGACGAGAAUGGCUGGGAUGAAUCACAUCAGGCAUGUCAGCAUGGUUUUGCCCAGCAUUUAGAGCAUCUGCUGUUUUAUGGGGCAGACACUACUUCCCAGAAUGCAUCAGGAAACACAGCCCUGCACAUCAGUGCUUUGUACAAUAAGGAGAGCUGUGUGCGGGUUCUUCUCUACAGAGGAGCCAGUAAGGAGAUAAAGAACAAACACGGACAAACCCCUUUCCAGGUUGCUGUAAUGUCCGGUCAUUUUGAACUUGGAGAAAUCAUCAAAAAUCACAACGACACAGAUGUAGUUCCAUUUUUGGAGUCUCCUAAAUACUCUCCCCAGCGUGUUGAAAGUGGACAUGGCUUGUCCAUGAACAUGUCACUUCCCCAACUCCACCCGCACCCCCUCCUACGUGCAAAGAGUGAAAACACCAUGGCCACACCCACUGAUCCUGUAGCCCCACCUACUACUGCACCUGCUACUUCACAGCGCCGAUCAUCCUUUGCUCUGCGAAGUUCCAGUAGUCCUCGUGGUGCUCGCACUCGCUCUCCAUCAAGAGGAAGAGGAGACUCUGAUGAUAAACAGAAAAAACAAAGAGGACGACAGGGAGUUAUUCAGCGUAGGAAGCUGUACAGUGCAGUUCCUGGUCGUGUCUUUAUAGCAACUCGGUCCCAUGCUGCUCAGGGAGAACGAGAGCUCAGUCUCAGCAAAGGGGACAAGGUUAAAGUGCUGAGUGUUGGAGAGGGAGGCUUCUGGGAAGGAACUGUUAAAGGUCAGACUGGUUGGUUUCCUGCUGAGUGUGUGGAAGAAGUUCUGCCACAAAAUGAAGAAAAGAGACCAGAGAGUCGCAGUGAAAAGGCCAAGAGGAAGCUAUUUCGCCAUUACACUGUGGGAACUUAUGAUGGACUAGAGAUACCCAGUGAUUACAUUAUAAAGGAGAAAUCUGUUCUUCUACAGAAGAAAGAGAAUGAAGGCUUUGGCUUUGUGCUCAGAGGAGCUAAAGCUCAGACUCCCAUCGAGGAGUUCACUCCCACUCCAGCAUUUCCUGCUCUUCAGUAUUUGGAGUCAGUGGAUGAGGGGGGCGUAGCCUGGAGGGCGGGGCUAAGGAUGGGUGACUUCCUCAUUGAGGUGAAUGGAAUGAAUGUGGUUAAAGUUGGCCAUAGACAGGUUGUUAAUAUGAUACGUCAGGGAGGAAACAGCCUAAUGAUGAAAGUUGUCAUGGUAACACGGAAUCCAGAGCUUGAGGAGGUACCUAAGAAAAAAGCUCCGCAGCAGCAGACAAAGAGAUUAACACCACCUGCCAUUACAUUGCGCUCCAAAUCCAUGACCUCUGAGCUAGAGGAGAUGGUGGAUAAAGCUUCACCAUGGAAGAAGAAACUAGAUCUGUCAGAGAGUUCUCAGGCUCCUGAUAAGAAGAGGAGUGUUUACCAAAUGGCCCUUAAUAAGCUAGAUGAGAUAUUAGCUGCUGCUCAGCAGACAAUCAGCACGUCUGACUCUCAGGGACACAAAGGACAUGGAGGUCAUGGAGGUCGAAAGGAAAGGAGCAAGGGCUUCCAUACUAAUGAGCAACGUUUCGAUCAAUCAGGAGCUGUUGCUGUGAUGACAUCAGGGUCUGGGUAUGGUUCUAAUUAUGCCCAGUUUUCAUCAAGCCAUGCCCCUCAGCACGGGGUAAUGCUUCGACAGAAAUCCGUUGGAGUAACUGAGGAGGAAAGGGGACAUCUUCACCCCCCUACUAUGAAAUUAUCUCGUAGUUUAUCAGUGCCAGGGCCAGAUGAUAUCCCACCUCCUCCCGAAACUUCUGCACCAGAACCACCAGUUUCUGUUCACAGGAGGCCAGAGUUAAUGCACAACAAUCCUGCUCAUCAUGCCCAAAUGCAAAUAAGAGCACCAUCUACUCGUAGGGUGGAUGCUGAGCAUAGUAGGAGGGGAGGCACUAAAAUUGGUGGUUUAAGGCGUGGUUCUAGCAGUGCUGCACCUCCACCUGAUAUGCCUACGGCAUUUUCCAAGACAACUGUUCGCCGAGGUGGUAAGGGGCCAUUGCUAAAGCAACGUAAGGUGGAAGAGGGAGCAGGGAGAUCAGAGAAAAACUCAAUUCCAAUUCCAACCAUAAUUGUCAAGGCACCAUCCACAAGCAGCUCAGGACGUAGCAGCCAGAACAGCAGUGUGGAGGCAGAGGCACAGCUUGAGGGUGAAGAGGCAGAACAUCCAAGCGCUGCAUCUAUUCCAGCUCCACCCCCUGCUUUGCCUCCCGUUCCCCCUACACCCUUCCCUCUGAAUGUAGGUGGAACAGCUCAGCGUGAUAGAGAGCGUUUUCGUGAUUCUCGACGCAAAAGCACAUCUUUUUUUUACUCUUCUGAAGAGGAUGUCUUAGAUGAGCCUGACUCUGCCCAAUCUCCUCAGAAUGAGCCUGCUCCCAGGCUCCGCCCUUCCAAGUCAAUUGAUGAGGGCUUGUUCACAAACGAUGCUGCUAGCAUGCCACCUGCCUUUGGACUUCCGCAAUAUGCUUCCCAGCACAACACUACCUUUAUUCACCCACUAACUGGGAAAGUUCUGGAUCCAUCAAGUCCACUAAGCCUAGCAUUAGCUGCUCGGGAGCGUGCUCUUAAGGAUGAUCGUAGGUCCCGUAAGGAGGAGAGGCAUUUUGGGCGCCAGUUUUCUACUGCUGCUGCUUUCCCUAUGCCUCACUCCUCUACCCACAAUUUACAGCAACAGUCCUCUUCCUAUAUGCACCAAGAACAGGCUGGCAUCUACUUUAGUGGCAUCGGCCCUACAUCAUCAAGUCAUUCUCCCUUGAGCCGACCCCAGAGUCCCCGGAUGUUGCGUUUGUCUGGUAGUGGGGUAAUGAGUGUAGAAAGAGAAGGAAGGGAAUUUCAGAAGAUGCAAUUUACUGCAGACGGAAAAAAUCAAUAUCAAACUUAUCACCAUGACCGAGAAGGGCAUGGAAAAAUGUCUCAACAGCCGGCUCCACACAGACCCCCUUUAUUACGUAUGAACACUGAAGUGAACACUAAUGCUAAUCUUGCCCUAGAAGUCACUAAAAAGUCAGGCACAGAGAGAAAAAGGGAUGAAGUUAAGGAGGAAGAGCCAGACUGUGAAACUGGUGGGGUAAUGGUUUUGCCUCCUCCGGCCCCCUCAGUGGAUAUAGCUGAUGAGUUUUUGUUUGCAGAACCACUACCACCACCCCUACAGUUUGCUAAUGGGGUGGACAGGUCAGUACAAGGAACAACUGUGUACAACCAUAAUCAACAAGUGCAUCCUCAAAAUGAACAAUAUAGUGGUCAAAGUUUAUCGCAGCAUGAUCAGCAGCUCCAGAAUACCUCUUUAGAUCCAACAGAACCAACAGAAGCUUCACAGUCCCUACCUGAAAUUCAUUCCUCAAACUUUCAUCCCUCUGCCAUUGUUCAUCCAUUUCUCUUCCCCCCUUCCCCUUUACUUCCACCCCCCCAGCUUUGUCCCAAAAUCCCUCCUGCUAAUCCACCACAAACCACUCAAAUGCCACAAAUUCACUCCCAGCCCCCACUUGCGUCCCCCCAGGCCGCUGACUCUGCUGCAUCCAGUUUGACAUCAUAUGAUAGUGAGGUGGCUAAUUUGACCCAAUCUGCUCUUUCACCUUCACUCCCAUCUCCCCAGUCUUUUCCUCUAACUUCCACUGCUUCUGCCCCACCUACUUCCUCAGAUCCAGCAUUACUGCACAGACCCCUCCCUGUUUUUUAUCAAUCCCAAGAUCGAGGUAGUGCUACUCUUACAUAUGCCACCAUGACUACUGCUGCUGCAGCCACUGUAACUGCUGCUGUAGUAACUGUCACUAUGACAACCCCUUCAGCAAGUCAACCAGUUGUUGGAGGUGAACAGAUCCAGUCAGAAUCAAAGGGUUUUGUUUGGCCUGAAGCAGUGGUGGAUUCUGGAAUUGAGGAACCAGACAGUCACAGCAGCAUUGACCCUAAUACAGAAAGUGUUAGUGAAGAAAGGAUGAAACAAGAAAAACAAAUGUGCACAAGUGGUGGAAUAAAGGAAGGCCGAAGAGUGUCCCUGGAUUCUUGUUGGUCUAACACAAACCACCAAUUUAGAAUGCACAAGGACACACCAGCAAAAACUCACACACACAAAAGUAAACCUACACCACCCACACAUGUGAAACCACACCUACAUAACACUGCUAAAUUACACACUAAUGUGGAGAUAGGACGAACAGUGCCAUCACUACAGCGACAGAUGAGUGCUGCCCCAGGAUUCUACCAACGAGAUGAAAAGAUGGAGAGUAAAGGAGGAGUGAAGACAUCAUCUUUCAUGGACAGACGUUUAAAUUCUCCUCUUUCCAGUGUAAAGGCCAGUAUUAUCAGUGAACUCAGCAACAAGCUUCAGCAACUCGGAGGAUGGCAAGGUCAAGGGUCACAUCAGAUGCAAAGGUUUUCAGAAGACCUGUCUUCAUUAAUUCCUGCAGGCCAUGCACAGCUUCUGUCCUCCACACAACCACUUCAGAGAUCUUUGUCCCCUUCUUUGCCUCCUGUCCCCUUAAGCCCUGCUGGCUCCAAGCCUGUAACUCCAACUAUUACUAAUAACACUUUUACAGCUAAUUUUACUCCUAAUCCCUUAGCCACAACUAUUUCCCUUAAUCCCUUAGCCACGACUAUUUCCCCUAAUCCUUUAGCCCAAACUAUUUCCCCUAAUCCCUUAGCCCAUACCUUGCCUCAAAACCCUUUAAACCCCACUGCAUUAACCUCAACACUCUCUUCAAAUCCCUUAACCACAAAUAUUGUACCUAACCCUCUAGCUCCUAGCCUCACUGCUAACCCUGUACCUUCUUCCCCUUUGACCCCUGCAUUAACCCCUACCUUGACCCCUCAGGUUCCUCCUUAUUCUAACUGGACCCCAUCACCUUCUCCUCUGUCCUUCUCUCACUGUCCUCUUUCUCCUCCCUGUCUACCCCAUGCCCCUCUUUCUCCUCUCUCACUUGCACAUCCUCCAUUGUCCCCUCCAUCAUACAGCCACCCUCCCAUUUCUCCUAUAUCCCUCUCUCAUGCCCCUCUUUCUCCUUCCUCCGUGUCCUACUCCCCAUACCCAACUUCACCAAAGCAUCGUGCCAAAUAUCGUACUAAAGGUCUGGAUUUGUUUUCUGCUUCAGAAUCAAGGCGUUCCGAGACUCAUAUCCAGCGGCGCCGUGCUCCAAGUCCUCUUAUUUCCUGUUCAGAACGACCACAACCUGGGCCUCCACGUCCUUCCUCUCUUCCUGUCUUUCCCUCUGCUUCCCUGUAUGGAUCUCCCUUUGAUCUGCAGGCCCCCCUUACUCCCCCAUCAUCUUCCCAUCCUCUGGCAGAACAUUUCUUCCCUCCAACUCCCCCACUAAUGCCCCCUUCAUCCCCAGCACCUACUUCAAACCCUUUGCUGGUCUCACUGUCCCCUAUACACUUUCUAUCAGGUGGUUCCUCCCCUUCCAGUGUGAGCUACCUUCCACCUCUCACCCUUCCUCCACCCAAUCGCCCUUUUGCAUCCAAGCCCCUCCCAUACUGGACCAAAUAUGAUGUUGCUGAUUGGCUGACCUACCUGAAUCUUGCAGAGCAUCGAGAGCGCUUCCUAGAUAAUGAGAUUGAUGGUUCACACCUGCCAUCACUGACCAAGGAUGACUUCUUGGAUCUUGGAGUGAGUCGUGUUGGCCAUCGAAUGAAUAUUGAGCGAGCACUGAAAAGACUUACUGAGAGACUGUCAUCUCCAUUUUCUGUCUCCACUGUUUCCUCAGAGGGACUGAAUGAACGACUGCGGGAUGAAGGAACUCAGAGCUGAAGGGUUAACAUUAUACAGAAAACUGGGCUCUCAAAGUCACUUAUCCAUGCAGAUGAACAUAAAAAUUCUGAAACAAAAA